AGGGGCCGGGAGAGGCCGCGUUCAGUCGGAUCCCGGCAGCAGCUGCAUCGGCUCCGUCUACUGUGGUCCUCCGUGCCACCUCCCUUUCGCUUCCGGAAAUAUGGCCUCUGGUGUGGCUGUCUCUGAUGGUGUCAUCAAGGUGUUCAAUGAUAUGAAGGUGCGCAAAUCAUCGACACCAGAGGAGGUGAAGAAGCGCAAGAAGGCGGUGCUCUUCUGCCUGAGCGACGACAAGAAGAAUAUCAUCCUGGAGGAGGGCAAGGAGAUUCUGGUAGGUGAUGUGGGCCAGACUGUUGACGACCCCUACGCUACCUUUGUCAAGAUGCUGCCUGACAAGGACUGCCGCUACGCUCUCUAUGACGCGACCUACGAGACCAAGGAAAGCAAGAAGGAAGACCUGGUGUUCAUCUUCUGGGCUCCUGAGUGUGCACCGCUUAAGAGCAAAAUGAUCUAUGCCAGCUCCAAGGAUGCUAUCAAGAAGAAACUGACAGGGAUCAAGCAUGAAUUACAAGCAAACUGCUACGAGGAGGUCAAGGACCGCUGCACCCUGGCAGAGAAGCUGGGGGGCAGCGCUGUCAUUUCCCUGGAGGGCAAGCCUUUGUGAGCCCUCUCCAGCCCCCUGCGUGGAGCAUCUGGCAGCCCCAGACCUGCUCUUGGGGGUUGCAGGCUGCCCCCUUCCUGCCAGACCGGAGGGGCUGGGGGGAUCCCAGCAGGGGGAGGGCAAUCCCUUCACCCCAGUUGCCAAACAGCCCCCUCGCCCCCUGGACCUUCUUCCUUCCAUCCUUAACGGUUCUGGCCUUCCCAAACCGCUUUUGAUCUUCUGAUUCCUCCUGGGUUGAAGCAGACCAAGUUCCCCCCAGGCACCCCAGUUUGGGGGGGGGCCUGUAUUUUUUUUUAACAACACCCCUAGUUCCUACCUAUUCCUCCCCCUUCCCAUGCUGCCAACUUCUAACCACAGUAGUGACUCUGUGCUUGUCUGUUUAGUUCUGUGUAUAAAUGGAAUGUUGUGGAGAUGACCCCUCCCCGUGCAGGCUGGUUCCCUUCCCUUUUCCCUGGUCACAGCCACUCAUGGAAGCAAGACCAGUAAGAGACCUUCAAUUAAAAAAAAAAAAAAGACA